AUAAAAAUCGACAACAAAAAUACAGAUUACACUUCUAACCAUUAUUUUAUCUUAAUUACAUUAUAUAAAUUUAUAAUAUGGUAUCUAUUAGAAUUGUCGCUUCAUAGUUCAUGUUUAAUAUAUUACUAAAUAGUAAAUAAUAUACUAUAUUAUACAUUUGUUUAAAAACGAAUUAUCACCAAAUAGUUAUCUGAUGAUUAACUGAGACGUUCACUGAAUUCACCAUGCACAACAACAAAAUAUCUUUUUCUUUAAACUUAGGGGGUCGGUCGUCUUCGUCGCGAUCGGUGGCUAUACCUCCUCCGGCCAACAGUGGACUCAGCAAACAGGGAUAUUCCACAUUGAAUGCCAUAAAUCAUUCGGCCAUUACCACCACUUGGGGCGUACCAAAAAAACGUUCAAAAACCGAAGAAGAGUAAGUGAGCUCGCCAUUCCUAACAUUGGCAUUGAUUUUGUCACUAAUACCUAUGUAGUCGCUCUCAAUAAAUAAUUGUGUUAUAGGUACUUUGAAGAAGAAGAUGAACACCAGCAACCCCAACUUGAGUACAUACCUGCGCCCAAUAGUCCAACAAACCAAAAAUCUGAUGUUGAUUCGGAUUCGUCAGCAGAUCCAUUAGAUGCUUUUAUGGAAGGCCUAGAAAAAGAAGUAACUACAUAACUGCAUACUGUAGAUCAAAUUAUUUUUCAUAAUUUAUUAAUUAAUUCAUUUUGUUUAACUCAAUAUGUACUACCUAAUUAAUACCCUUGUUAGUACACUUAAAUGUAAUAAUUAUUAAUUAAACUAAUUGUUUUUAACAUUUAGAUUACAAAUGUAGAUUAUCAGUUCAAUGAAGUAAUGUUCAUCCUUAUAAUUAUACCUAUCAAAGUUUUUUUAAAUUUAAUUAUAAUACUGUUGUUGAUUUUAAACAAAUAAAAAUAUAAUAACAAUUUUUGAAUUAUUAAUUUAGGUUAAAAAAGAAAAAACAUAUGGCAAAAAACAAAAAAAAGAAGAAGAAAAGGGGAUUAGACAAGAUAUCGAAGAAGAAGACGUUGAAGAAUCAUACUAUAGGUGCGUGCAACGAUAGUACAUUGGUCAUUUAAAGUUAAAUACUAAUAUUAGUUGUAUAAUAUUAACAAAUUUAAUUUGCUUUAUAAAAAUAUACUAUUAGAUACAUGGAAGAAAAUCCUACUGCAGGUCUCGUUGAUGAAACUUCAGACAUUGAAAUUGAUUAUGAUGAAGAUGGUAAUCCUAUAGCCCCACCAAAGAAAAAAGUUAGUAUCAAUAUAAUUGCAAUUCAGUUUUCCUUAUAUUGAUUGAUUAAAACAAAAAUCUUUUACUAUACUUAUGUAUCAUAUUUAUUUUAGGAAAUAGAUCCAUUACCGUCUAUUGAUCAUUCGUUAAUAAAAUAUAACAGUUUUGAAAAGAAUUUUUACAUUCCACAUAGUGAAAUUUCAUCUUUAUCUGUUGAUAAAAUUAUUCAAUUACGUAAGACUCUUGGUCUUCGAGUUAAUGGAGCUGAUUUACCUUAUCCAGUCACCUCAUUUGCUCAUUUCAAUUUUGAUGAUGCUCUAAUGAAAGCUAUUCGAAAAUCUGAUUAUACACAACCCACACCGAUUCAAAGUCAAGCAGUUCCUGCUGCACUCUCUGGACGCGAUAUAAUUGGUAAUUAAUAUAUUUUUAAAAAAAAAUUUUUUUUGCUUAUCAACUGACUGUUUAGGUAUUGCUAAAACUGGUAGUGGUAAAACAUUGGCAUUCAUAUGGCCUAUGUUGAUACACAUAAUGGAUCAGCCUGAAUUGAAAGAUAAUGAUGGUCCGGUUGGUUUGAUAUUGGCGCCUACUAGAGAAUUGUCACAACAAGUAAACAUUAAAGAAAAAUAAGAAAAAUCAUAUAUAUAUAUUUAUAUAAUUAUAUUUAAUUUUCUUUUUUGUAGAUUUAUGUGGAAGCCAAAAAAUUUGGAAAAAUCUAUGAUCUUCGAGUAGUGUGUUGUUAUGGUGGGGGUUCAAAGUGGGAGCAAUCUAAGGCACUCGAAGGAGGUGCUGAAAUUAUAGUGGGCACCCCAGGCAGAGUAAUCGAUUUGGUAAAAAUGUCUGCAACCAACUUAACCAGAGUAACGUUCCUUGUACUAGAUGAAGCAGAUAGAAUGUUUAAUAUGGGCUUUGGUAAGUGGGACAAUAACAUUAUUUUUGUUAUUAACAAAUUUUAAUUCAAAUGAGUGUUUAUUUUUAGAGCCUCAAGUUCGAUCCAUUUGCGAUCAUGUGAGACCAGAUCGGCAAACUUUACUGUUUUCGGCUACAUUUAAAAAGAAAAUUGAAAAGCUAGCACGUGAUAUACUUACAGAUCCUAUAAGGAUUGUCCAGGGCGAUAUUGGUGAAGCUAACACAGAUGUGACACAAAUCAUGUUGGUUAUGCCACAAAGUGACAAAUGCCAAUGGUUAUUAGAUAAUAUAGUUCAAUUUACAUCGACUGGCUCUAUUCUAAUAUUUGUUACAAAAAAAGUUAGUUGUAUCAUUCGAUGUAGAAAAAAAAAACAAAGAAAAACAUUAAAAUAAUUUAUAGUUAGACGCAGAACAAUUGGCCAGUACACUGUCUGUAAAGGAGUAUGAAGUGCUAUUGUUGCAUGGUGACAUGGACCAAGCUGAAAGGAACAAAGUGAUAACAAAAUUUAAGAAACAAGAAGUCAAUGUCAUGGUGGCUACUGAUGUAGCUGGUAAGUUUAUUAUUAUUAUUUUAAUAUUAAUAUUGUGCAUACAUAAAAUAUUGUAAGUUAAAAUGAAGAAAUGACUUAAUAUUUAGAUUAUUUUUCUUUACAGCUAGAGGUCUAGAUAUAGCUCAUAUCAGAACUGUCAUAAAUUACGAUAUAGCUAGAGAUAUAGACACGCAUACACAUCGUAUUGGAAGAACAGGUAUAAAAUAUUUGACAUGAAUUAUUUUUAAUUUACUUUAUAUUUUAUAUAAAAUUAUAUAUCUUCAGGUCGAGCCGGAGAAAAAGGUACAGCAUUUACUCUUGUUACUCCAAAAGACUAUGAAUUUGCCGGACACUUGGUAAGAAGUCUUGAAGGUGUUGGACAAGAAGUACCCAAACCACUUUUAGAUCUUGCCAUGCAGGUAUACUGAAUAUACAUUUAUUUAUUGUGUUGAACCCAUUGUGUUAAUAAUAUUUGUCAAAUCUGUUUUAGAGCACUUGGUUUAGAAAAAGUCGUUUUAAGGGUGGCAAAGGUAAAUCGGUAAAUGCUGGAGGUGCUGGAUUAGGAUAUCGUGAACCGUCUGGUUCUAAAAAUUAUAACGUUAGUAAUAUUUAAAUUUGGUUAUUAGGUUAUUUUAAUAUUAACUGUUUACUAAUAAAAAAAAUAUGUAUUAUAUUAUAGGCAUCUAGUUCAUACCAAUGUCCAAAACCUGCUGCAGCAGCUGCACCGAAAGCAGGUCCAGGAUCAGGUAGACUGUUGGCAUUAAAAGAGGCGUUUAAAAUGCAAUACCAAAAUCAAGUAUGUAGUAAAUUCACAGACUGUUGUAUUCAUUACCAUUAAUAUACAAUAAAAUAAUAGAGUAAACACAAAAUUAUUAAAAUGGUUGAUACUCAUAAAUAAAUAUCUAAAUAAAAAAUUAAUUUAUUAAUAAAUGCAUUGACUGGGGUAUUACGAUAAGUGUAGUUUUCGAAUUAAAAAUUCAUCAUCAGGUAUAUCAUAAUUAAAAUGUCAACAUUUUUUAUUUAUAUAUUUAUUUACUAUAUAUUAAUGUACAUUUUAAUUGUGAUACUUACAGUUUAAAGCCAGUGAAGAUCACACAUGGGAACAAACAGUUGGGUCUAGUUCAACAGUAAAAGUACACACGGGUCCACUGAAAGAAAGAAAAGCAAAAAAAAAUAGAUGGGACAACUGAUAAGCUAAUUUAUAGGCAAUAAUACUUUUAAGUAGAUUGAUCUUGAACUAAUUUCAAUAAGACUUGAAUUAAAUAAAUUUAAUUUAGUUUCAGUUAUUUUAAAUUAUAAUACUAAAGAACAUUGAAUUUAAAUUAGUGUUAAUUAACUAAUUUAUUUAUAAUUAUAUUUAUUAUAAAAUAUUUUCUCACUACUGAAGACAAAAAAAUAAAAUCUGGUGUUUUUUGUAAUUAUUCAUUAAUCCACCAAUUCACAACUGAAAAUUGAAAAAAAUUGUUUUUGAAAUAUGAUGAAUUCCUGUGGUAACUCAAUAGUAAAUUAUUUUUAUUUUUGUAUAAAUAUUUACAAAAUAGUUUUACGAUUUCUUCUUAAAUAUUUUGUAUUGUAAAUAAUUCAUAUCUUUUAUAAUAUAAAUUAUUUAUUAUUAUUAUUAUCAUUACUUGUAUGUCUUAUUUAUUUUAUGCCCUCUUUAUGUACUGAUUUAAUAAUUUGUUUGUGCUAGUGAAAUUAGUGUACUCAUUUAUGUAAAAUAACUAUAUACAUAUAUUUAAUUAAAAGCAAGUAUUGUAAUGAUUGAUGUUAAACAAAUUUCAUUAAAAAAAGAUUAUCAUAAAUAUAGUAAUUAUUAACAAAAAAAAAAUUAUACAUAAUAUAUGAUUAGUGGGGACUUGACCUAAUAAUCUUCGAUAC